GUUUGCGGCCUAUGCGAGUAGGUGCUUCGGAACCAGUCUCCCGGGCGAGCGUCGCUCAGAAACCUCGAACCGGCGAAUCUCCCCUGGUAACCUGGCGCCCAGAGGCCGCGAAGACAUUACCGUUUUCUCUGCGGCGGGAAAGCCUUUUGGCUAUCUUCAAAAAUACAUCCUGAAUCCAACAACUUGGUUACCACUUUCACCACUACCACCUUUUCCAGGCUACCGUCUCUUGUCUGGAUUUUUGCAGUAUCUUCUUGUUUCCAUCCUGUCCCCUUCCAGCGUUAACAGCAUGCCAGGUACUAUACCAACUGCCCUCCUAAGAAAGUGCUGAGAUAGAGUAUUAUUAUAAUACAAGAGCUUCUGAGUCUAUCCUGAACUUAGUUCGUGUACAUUUUGGGAACUUAUUUUAGAAAAGAUCUAAGUUUUAAAAAUUCUCAAUGGACAGACAGAGAAAAGAGGGUCUUUGCCAACUCCUUUGGAGUGGUGCAGUAAGAAUGUCUUUCCCCCCUCAUUUGAAUCGUCCUCCCAUGGGGAUCCCAGCACUCCCACCAGGGAUCCCACCCCCACAGUUUCCUGGCUUCCCUCCACCUGUACCUCCAGGGACCCCAAUGAUUCCUGUACCAAUGAGUAUUAUGGCUCCUGCUCCAACUGUCUUAGUACCUACUGUUUCCAUGGUUGGCAAACAUCUGGGAGCAAGAAAGGAUCAUCCAGGAUUAAAGCUUAAAGAAAAUGAUGAAAAUUGUGGACCUACUACUACAGUUUUUGUUGGCAACAUUUCUGAGAAAGCCUCAGAUAUGCUUAUACGACAGCUCUUAGCUAAAUGUGGUUUGGUGUUGAGCUGGAAGAGAGUACAAGGUGCUUCUGGAAAACUUCAAGCUUUUGGAUUCUGUGAGUAUAAGGAGCCUGAGUCUACGCUUCGAGCACUGAGAUUAUUGCAUGAUCUGCAGAUUGGAGAGAAGAAGCUUCUUGUUAAAGUUGAUGCAAAGACAAAGGCACAGUUAGAUGAGUGGAAAGCAAAGAAGAAAGCUUCCAAUGGGAAUACUAGACCAGAAACUGUCACUCCUGAUGAUGAAGAAGCCUUAGAUGAAGAGACAAAGAGAAGAGAUCAGAUGAUUAAAGGGGCCAUUGAAGUUCUGAUACGUGAAUACUCCAGCGAGUUAAAUGCCCCCUCACAGGAGUCUGACUCUCACCCCAGGAAGAAGAAGAAGGAAAAGAAGGAGGACAUUUUCCGUAGAUUUCCAGUGGCUCCACUGAUCCCUUAUCCACUCAUCACUAAGGAGGAUAUAAAUGCUAUAGAAAUGGAAGAAGACAAAAGAGACUUAAUAUCCCGAGAGAUCAGCAAAUUCAGAGACACACACAAGAAACUGGAAGAAGAGAAAGGCAAAAAGGAAAAAGAAAGACAGGAAAUUGAGAAAGAACGGAGAGAAAGAGAGAGGGAGCGUGAAAGGGAACGAGAAAGGCGAGAACGGGAACGAGAAAGGGAAAGAGAACGUGAACGAGAAAAGGAAAAAGAACGGGAGCGGGAACGAGAACGGGAUAGGGACCGUGACCGAACAAAGGAGAGAGACCGAGAUCGUGAUCGAGAAAGAGAUCGAGACCGGGAUCGUGAAAGGAGCUCAGAUCGAAAUAAGGAUCGGAGUCGAUCAAGAGAAAAGAGCAGAGAUCGUGAAAGGGAACGGGAAAGGGAAAGAGAGAGAGAACGAGAACGGGAACGAGAGAGAGAACGAGAACGAGAGAGAGAACGUGAGAGAGAACGGGAAAGAGAAAGAGAGAAAGACAAGAAACGAGAUCGAGAAGAGGAUGAAGAAGAUGCAUAUGAAAGAAGGAAACUGGAAAGAAAACUCCGAGAGAAAGAAGCUGCUUACCAAGAGCGCCUAAAGAAUUGGGAAAUCAGAGAACGAAAGAAAACAAGGGAAUAUGAGAAGGAGGCUGAAAGAGAAGAGGAAAGAAGAAGAGAAAUGGCUAAAGAGGCUAAACGACUAAAGGAAUUCUUAGAAGACUAUGAUGAUGAUAGAGAUGAUCCAAAAUACUACAGGGGUAGUGCUCUUCAGAAAAGGUUGCGUGAUAGAGAAAAAGAAAUGGAAGCAGAUGAACGAGAUAGGAAGCGGGAGAAGGAAGAACUUGAGGAAAUCAGGCAACGCCUACUGGCAGAAGGACACCCAGAUCCAGAUGCAGAGCUCCAGAGGAUGGAACAAGAGGCUGAGAGACGCAGACAACCUCAAAUAAAGCAAGAACCAGAGUCAGAGGAGGAAGAGGAGGAAAAGCAAGAAAAAGAAGAAAAACGAGAAGAGCCCGUUGAAGAGGAAGAAGAGCCAGAGCAGAAGCCUUGUCUCAAGCCUACUCUGAGGCCCAUCAGCUCUGCCCCAUCUGUCUCCUCUGCCAGUGGCAAUGCUACACCCAACACGCCUGGGGACGAGUCUCCUUGUGGGAUUAUUAUUCCUCAUGAAAACUCACCAGAUCAGCAGCAACCUGAGGAGCAUAGGCCAAAAAUAGGACUAAGUCUUAAACUGGGUGCUUCUAAUAGUCCUGGUCAACCUAAUUCUGUGAAGAGAAAGAAACUACCCGUAGAUAGUGUCUUUAACAAAUUCGAGGAUGAAGAUAGUGAUGAUGUGCCCAGAAAAAGAAAACUGGUUCCUUUGGAUUAUGGUGAAGAUGAUAAAAAUGCUACCAAAGGCACUGUAAACACUGAAGAAAAGCGCAAACACAUUAAGAGCCUCAUAGAGAAAAUCCCCACUGCCAAACCUGAGCUUUUUGCUUAUCCUCUGGAUUGGUCUAUUGUAGAUUCAAUAUUAAUGGAACGAAGAAUUAGACCGUGGAUCAAUAAGAAAAUUAUAGAAUAUAUAGGUGAAGAAGAAGCUACAUUAGUUGAUUUUGUUUGUUCCAAGGUUAUGGCUCAUAGUUCACCUCAGAGCAUUUUAGAUGAUGUUGCCAUGGUACUGGAUGAAGAAGCAGAAGUUUUUAUAGUCAAAAUGUGGAGAUUAUUGAUAUAUGAAACAGAAGCCAAGAAAAUUGGUCUUGUGAAGUAAAACGUUUUUUACAUUUAGAAUUGCAUUUCAGAUUCUUUCUUUCCCACCCUUUAAAGGACUUUGAAUUUUGUGUCUUCAAAGACAUUUGUGAGAUCUGUAAUUUUUUAAAUGUAGAAAAUGUGAAUUUUUUUUGUCCUCUAAUUUGUUGAUGCCCUAUGUGCUCCCUUGGUUGUAAAGUCAUCAGAAUCCUUGGUUCUCUUUAUACUCACCAGGUACAAAUUACUGGUAUGUUUUAUAAGCUGCAGCUACUGUACACAGCCUGUCUAAUAGAAUCCUGUUCUGCUGAUUUGUUCCUUGUAAAUAUUAAAAGAACUCCCCAGGGAUUUUUUUUGGGGGGGGGGGCGGCAGAACUCCACUUAAUAUUAUAACUGUACUAUAUAGGAUCCAACAUGAAUAAUUUGAAUUGAAAUAUACCAGUCAUAUCUAUCUUGUUCUGCUUCCUUUACCGAAAAUGACAAGCACCUGUGAAGGCUUAAAAUUUUAAAUUAGAAUACAGAAACUAGCAGAUGGACCAUCCGUACUAUAUCUCCGUAUGAAUGUGUUUAUGUGAAUGUAGAUAUAUAAAAGUAUUUCUUGAUUUUCUUUGGUGGGAUCACUUGAACAUUUCCUAAUUAACCAGUAGGCUUAUAAAGAAGACUGGAUAUUGUGCCAACCAAAUACCUACUAUAAUUAGGUUCUAAGUUUCCCAGUGAGCAGUAGUGCUAACAAGAUUGUGGAUCAUAGUGGGGUAUGACACCCUAGUCUGAUUUCUCAGAACUGAGGGUGCUUCUAAAAUUCUGGAGAGUUUAAUACAUUUUACAUUAACUGUCCUUAGCUUAUUUUCUAUGUAGUCUUUUAAGAAAACCAAAUUCAUUCCAAAAACAAAGUCGAUUGGUGAGUGAAGAAAGAACCUUUUUAGAAAAUAAAAAGAGCCAGGGUGUGUACUGCAUAUUUAUUAAGCUUAUGCUUAGGACACAAGGAGCCCUGGCUUCAAUCCCUGGCACCAGAAUUAAUUUAACUAAUUAAAGGUAAAUUUACAGACAUGCAGAGUUUGACAAAAUACAAUAGGAACUCAGCAUUGCUAUUUUCAAAGUUGACAUCUUGUUUGAAGGACUAAUCAUCAUAACCACAAAGUUUUGCUUUGCUCAUUAAAGUUUUAAAUAUACUGGUAAUAUGUUUAGAGACGCGCCUUGUACUUCACCAGAGAGCAAAGGUCAUCUGAAAGUAUACCAGAUUUUAUACACUCUUAGCACAAGUUACAUGCAGCUGUCACCAUGUCUGUUUCAAUAGAAAAAGAUUGGCCAUUUUAGAAUAGUGUAACUGUGAGCUUGAGUUGCUACAUUUUUUUACAUUUUGAGAGGACAUUCAAAAACACUGUUCUUAGCUUUGUUGAACCAUGGGAUGGUUUCAUUAUGUAAAUAUUUCAGAUAUUAAAAAUGUAUAUAUUUGAUCUUGGAGAUGCUUUUCUUUUGGAUUCUUGUAAAUAAAUGGCAUCAUGUUGUAA